UCCUUUUUUUUUUUUUUUUUUUUUUUUUUAAUUUUUUGAGAGCUUUUUUUUGAAGCUUUGGUGGUUCUGCACAGCUUUGGCAGGAGCUGCAACGGGCUCCUCACAGAUGCUCCAAAUGUGAGCACAAGAUGAGCUCAGUGCAGGGGAUGUCUUAGUGCCUGUCCCAGCUCCCUCCAAAAGCUAUUAAAGAGAGACAUGGAUCAAGCAGAAGAACUUUGUGCAGACAGGAGGAAAGGCUUCCCCUCACUGGACAAAAAAAAGAGCAGUGGCUGGAGAACCGUGGUGGGAUUUUUGUGCCUGUUCCCUGUGGUGGCUCUGCUGGCGGUUGUGGAAUAUCCAGCUGGAGCUGCAGUUCAGGAAAGUCAGGAAGAUGCCACAUCCCCUGGCCUGUACAGAGAGGGUUCCUCAGCUUUGCAAAGCCCAGCUUUUCCUCGUCCUCCAGCACGGAGAAAACGCUACACCAUCACCCCGGGGCACUUGAGAUGGGACCACUUCAACCUGACCUACAAAAUCCUGUCCUUCCCGAGGAACCUGCUGAGCGCCAGGGACACGCGCCGGGGGCUGGCGGCCGCGUUCCGCAUGUGGAGCGAGGUGUCCCCCUUCAGCUUCAGGGAGGUCCCCCGGCACCUCCCCAGCGACCUCAAAAUCGGCUUCUACUCCAUCAACCACACGGACUGUCUGGAGUCCCUCACCCACCACUGCUUCGAUGGCACCACAGGGGAACUGGCCCACGCCUUCUUCCCACCCCACGGAGAAAUCCACUUCGAUGACCACGAGUACUGGAUCCUGGGCAACACCAGGUUCAGCUGGAAGAAAGGUGUUUGGCUGACAGACCUGGUCCAUGUAGCAGCUCAUGAAAUAGGCCACGCCUUGGGCCUGAUGCACUCCCUGAACCCCAACGCCCUCAUGCACAUCAACGCCACCCUGACUGGGAAAAAGACCAUCUCCCAGGAUGAGGUGUGGGGAAUCCACAGGCUUUAUGGCUGUAAAGACAGAUUAUUUAUGUGCCCAGCAUGGGCAAAAAAAGGCUUCUGUGAGAAGCGCAGGAAGCUGAUGAAGAAGCACUGCCCAUCCACCUGUGACUUCUGCUACGAAUUCCCAUUUCCAACGGUGCCCCCGACUCUGCCCCCGCCAAGGACCAAGACCAAGACGGUUUCUGAGGGCAGGAACGUCACCUUCCGCUGCGGGCAGAAGAUCAUCCAUAAAAAAGGCAAAGUCUACUGGUACAAAGAUAAGGAGCUUCUGGAAUACUCAUAUCCAGGUUAUUUAUCCUUAAAUGAAGAUCACAUGAGCAUCAUUGCAAAUGCAAUUAAUGAAGGAACUUACACUUGUAUAGUGAAGAAAAAAGAAAGGAUCCUGACUACUUAUUCCUGGAGAAUCAGACUGAAGCACUGACAAGGCCCUGGAAUGAGCUCCUUCAGUUCCUGCUAGUUCUGUUUCAAAUUGUUUCUUUGGCAUUUUUUAAUAUUUAAUUUCCAGUAGUGCAACUGAACUUCUCCAUCAGCUGCUUCCUCACCUUGGGCAAAAGAGACUCUUGAGACUGGUUACUGGAAUGUAAAACUCUUCCAAAUUAGUUUUAAUGACAAAGAAUUUAUCAAGUAGGUGCUGUACAGAGAAUUAAAAAAAAAAACCAACAUUUUUUUUUUUAAAGAAAAGCGUCAGAUGGUGCAGUUGAACUGUGUGGAUCCCUGGGAACUGCUGGAAAACAGGAGCAGAACUGCGUCAGCCACCGGGAUGGCUCAGCUGGGCUGCACUGGAGGCAGACUGGGGAAGGAAAAAGGAGCAGUUUAAUACUCUGGAAGUGUUUCUGCCCUUGUUUUAGAUCCUGGUGCUCUGCAACACAAGAAGUUCUACCCAAGUCUAAGCCCCAGGACCACUUUUGCUCCUCCUGCUCAGGAGGAGGGUGUGGGGCACAGCAGCCCUGUCUCACUCAACUCCACCGUCCACCGUGGGCAGGUCAGGUAUCCCCAGAACAUCUUUUCCCCCCAGAUCCCCUUCCCAGGGUUUGUAUUUAUUAUUUUGAUCCCAACAGGUCCCAAGUGCUCAGAGCUUGUCCCUCAGGUGUCCGAGCCAGGAGCAGACAAGGUGAUUUCCAUGGCUGUCCUCCCCCAGGCUGAGGGAAAUGUGCCACAUCCAGCUGGAAGAGAGCACGAGGAGCGCUUGGC